AUGUUCGGUCGCUACACCCUUGAUCAGUUCUCCUUCAUGGCCGAUGCCACCAACAAGGACACCGGUAAGAAACUCACCUUCACCGUCAACGGGGACAUGACGAGCUUCACCGUUCGCUUCCAAGAUCAUGAAGAAGAGGAAGCAGUGGAGGCCACCCAAGUUCUUCCAUCCAUUGCUGUUGCCGAGCCUCUCCCUUCCACGGUCGCUUCCGCGACGCCUGCUGUGGACUUGUCAUCGUCGGAGAUUUCGGAAGAAGAAGAUGAUGAGUUUGACAAAGAUGAUUUUGAUGAGCUUGGCAUGGAACAGGAAGUGGACUUUCUUACCAACGGCUUGGACACCAGCGUCAACAUCCUGGAUACCACUGACUCGAGUUCUGAUUAUGAUGAAGUGGGUGGCUUUUCCCAAGAGCAAUUCUUCACUCCCAUCAAGAAGGCUGCCCAGAAGAAGCCCAUCAAGAAAAAGACCAUUGCCCUCAAGCCCGCUGCCGUCGACAAGAAUCCCGCUCUCCGCAAGCAGCCCUCCCGUCGCAGUAAGAAAUAG